GGGCGGCAGGGAAGCUCUCGCCCUGGCCGCUGCAGCGCUCGGUCCCUGACGCGGGCCACCCACCGGGCGGUGGUCGCCGCUUGGCCCCGGCGCCGCAAGUGCCCGAAGGCGAGCCCGGGCCGCCUGGGCGCUGGGGACCCACGACGGGAGCGGGCGGCCGGAUGGCGGCGGAGGGGAGCGUCCCGCGGCGAGUUUCCCGAGAAGACUGAACUCGCCCCAAGUUGCUCGUGCCUCGGUUCGAUCCCGGCGAGUUGGUGGAGGCGCGUUCCGUGCGGGUGGUCCUUGGGCGCGGAGGGACGCGGAGGCGACAGGAUCCAUCCGCCUGGGCGGGCGCCGCUUUCGUCCGGAGGGUGGGCGCCGCGCGCCGCGUCCGCGCCUCCGCAGGGGUCCCGCCGGCUGGGACUGGCGCGCCCGCAAGACCUGCCCGCUGCCGCGGGCACAGCUCCGACGCUCGAGUGCUCUUGGGCCAGCCCAGCGCGGGGCCGGCCCCGCCAUGGACGGCGAGAGCGAGGUGGAGCUUUCCAGCCACCGCUUGACCCCUUUGUGGCGGAGGCGCUCGACCCCUCCGCCCCAGCUGCCGGGCCGCGGCAAGCCGAGGCCCCAGUCCUACCAGAGCCCCAGCGGGCUGCUGAUUACCGACUUCCCGCUGGAGGACCGCGCGGCGCCCCCCGCCCCGGCCGGCGGGACGGCGCCGCGGAGCCCGCUGCGGCCGUGCACCCCGGGCAAGGCGCGGACGGUCUCCCCGGAGCUCAGAGCCGCCUCUCCCCGACUCCGCCGACCCGGGUCGCCCCAGGUCUCCAAAGCGGCGGCGGACGGCUCCCCGAAACCCGCAGCGAACGGCCAGGCUGCCUCGCCCGCGCCGCGCACGCCCAGCGCCCCCGGCCCCGAGCGGAGCCCCGCAGGCUGGAGCGCCCGCGUGGUGCCCUCGCCCACUUCCAAUGACCCUGUCCUCCAGCACGACUCUCCUGGCUGCGGCUCGCAAUGCGAUCCGCCAACUAAGGACCCCGAACGGGGGCCCUCGAGCCUCUCUCCUGCGCCCCAGAGAAGGUCUUCGGAACAAAAGCUCCCCCUCCAGAGGCUGCCCUCCCGGGAGAACGAGCUCCCCGAGAAACCCUCGGUGGUCUUGAGCACAAACAGCCCCGCCGCCCUCAAAGUGGGCAAGCAGCAGAUCAUCCCCAAGAGCCUGGCUUCGGAAAUCAAACUCAGUAAAGGCAGCGGGCAGCACGUGGAGCCGCACAGGAGGCUGCUCAAGGUGCGCAGCAUGGUGGAGGGCCUCGGCGCGCCCCUGGGCCACGCGGCCGAGGAGAGCGAGCUGGAGAACGACGUGGACAGCCCGGGCUCCCUGCGCAGAGGCCUGCGCUCCACGUCCUACCGCAGGGCCGUGGUCAGCGGCUUCGACUUUGACAGCCCUACCAGCUCAAAGAAGAAGAACAGAAUGUCCCAGCCUGUUCUGAGAGCAGUGUUGGAAGACAGGGAGAAGUUUUCCAGCCUGGGAAGGAUCAAGAAAAAAAUGCUGAAAGGACAAGGAACAUUUGAUGGGGAAGGAAGUGCCGUCUUGUAUCAAAACUACAAAGAGAAGGCCCUUGACGUGGACUCUGAUGAAGAGUCAGAGCCCCGAGAACAGAAGUCAGAGGAGAGGCUGGUGAUUCACCCUAAGCCGCUGAGGUCCACCUGGAGCCAGCUGUCUGCGGUGAAAAGAAACGGGUUGUCUCAGACAGUCAGCCAGGAGGAAAGAAAGAGACAAGAGGCCAUCUUCGAGGUCAUCUCCUCCGAGCAUUCAUACCUACUCAGCUUGGAGAUCUUGAUCCGAAUGUUUAAGAAUUCUAAAGAACUGAGCGACACGAUGACCAAGACCGAGAGGCACCACCUCUUCUCCAACAUCACCGACGUGUGUGAGGCCAGCAAAAAAUUCUUUACAGAGUUGGAAGCGAGACAUCAGAAUAACAUCUUCAUCGAUGACAUAAGUGACAUUGUGGAGAAGCACACGGCGUCCACCUUCGACCCCUACGUGAAGUACUGCACCAACGAGGUCUACCAGCAGCGGACGCUGCAGAAGCUGCUAGCCACCAACCCCUCCUUCAAGGAAGUGCUGUCGCGGAUCGAGUCUCACGAAGACUGCAGGAACUUGCCCAUGAUCUCUUUUCUCAUCCUCCCCAUGCAGAGGGUGACCCGCCUUCCCCUGCUGAUGGACACCAUCUGCCAGAAAACCCCGAAGGACUCCCCCAAGUACGAGGCCUGCAAGAGAGCCCUGAAGGAAGUCAGCAAGCUGGUUCGACUGUGCAACGAAGGAGCCCGGAAGAUGGAGCGGACGGAGAUGAUGUACACAAUUAACUCCCAGCUGGAAUUUAAGAUUAAGCCCUUUCCCUUGGUGUCCUCCUCGCGCUGGCUGCUGAAGCGGGGGGAGCUGACGGCCUUCGUGGAGGACACGGUGCUCUUCUCCAGGAGGACCUCCCGGCAGCAGGUCUACUUCUUCCUCUUCAACGACGUGCUCAUCAUCACCAAGAAAAAGAGUGAGGAGAGUUACAACGUCAACGAUUACUCCUUGAGAGAUCAGCUCUCGGUGGAAUGCUGCGACAGCGAGGAGCUCGCUUCCUCCCCGGGCAGGAGCGGCUCCGCCGUGCUCCACUCCCGGCAGAGCGCCGCCUGUCACCUCUUCACCCUGACGGUCCUGAGCAACCACGCCAACGAGAAGGUGGAGAUGCUGCUGGGCGCCGAGACGCAGAGUGAGCGGGCCCGCUGGAUCACCGCCCUGGGACACAGCAGCGGGAAGCAGCCUCCUGACCGAACCUCGCUGACCCAGGUGGAAAUCAUCAGGUCCUUCACAGCCAAGCAGCCGGACGAGCUCUCCCUGCAGGUGGGGGACGUGGCGCUCAUCUAUCAGCGCGUGGGCGACGGCUGGUAUGAGGGGGAGCGGCUUCGAGAUGGAGAAAGAGGCUGGUUCCCCAUGGAAUGUGCCAAGGAGAUAACCUGCCAGACGACCAUCGACGAGAACGUGGAGAGGAUGGGCCGCCUGCUGGGCCUGGAGACCAACGUGUAGCCCGUGGUGCCUGUGGCCGCCAGGUCUGCGGGACGGGGUGGCGGGCCAGUCGGUGCCGCCUGGUUUUACGUUGGUUCCAUCGCAGCCCGUUUGGUUAAAGGGAUGAGAACACUCGCCCUUGAGCGCGCCCGCGUCCUGCCCUCUCAGGAGGACAGUUGGUUCAGGAAGCUCGGUGUCUGCCUGUCGGAGCCGUCCCCCGGGGCUCCGGUGGCCUCUGCUCUGGCGCCACUGCAUUCUGGCACGAAGGAAGAAGACAGCCGGCGAGACGCGGGGCCCAGCACUGUGGCCCAGGAGCACUGCCCCGGCUCCCGCCAGCAGCACCUUGUCCCUAAGGAAUGUAUUUCCUGCCUCCAGUUCACUUCGGAAAGAACCAGUGGGUCUCAGAAAGCAAGCUGUCCAGUUUUUCUAAACCUUUUUCUCCAAAAACGGGGGUGACACAUGAAGUUGUGCCGCGAUUUCCUCGCUAGGAGGGAAGUGAGGAACCCGCGUGGGGUUUUCUUGCGGCCUCUCGUUCAGUGUUGGUCCUGGGAAAGUGCAGUUUAACAAAGCCCAGUCACUUUAAGUAGCACAGAACUCAGAUGGUCACGUAGGGGAGGCGUGGUGGGCCAGGGCAGGGAUCCCGCCUGUCUUCCAUGUUUUCAGCAGAGCUGAUAACCUGACCUGAGGCUGCCUAGCCUUCAAUGACGCGUGGCUUUUGACCGUCCCCACUUGUUUCCCAGUAGGAGAUUGGCUGGGACGUGCCUUCGCAGCCUCCAGGAAGGGACAGUCAGCCUCGGUGUCCCGAAGCCAGUGUGACACCUGCUUGAACGGUUCUGACCUUUGCACCAGCAGCCUUGCUUGCUGGGUUUGCAGUCUCUCUGAACUCAUGCAAGAAGAGACAAAAGUCACUUAAAUAGCAGGUUUUGUAAAGGGGUAACGAGGGCCUGGAAAACUGGGAGGGGAGAAGUGAUUCUUCCUGGCAGCUGUGUUUCCUUUCUGUUCCAUUGCCUUUAACAAAGGGGAAAACCUGACAGAGCAGACAUUACCAGAGGACUAAGACCUGUGUCUUAAGUGUCCCGGCUCCUGUCUGUCGAGCAGUCACUCAAACUGCAAGGCCCCAGGUGAGUGUGUGUGGCUCACAGGACCUGCACACUCCAGCCUGGGCAGGUACGGACACCCUCGAGUUGCCGUCUGUCACCUGUGCAUGCCUUCUGUUGCAAAGACAUUCCAGGCCCCAGUUCCACGAGGCCUAAGCAAGUUUGUGAAUGAAGCAGGAGCAGCCCAGGCUCACAGAGGAGGCCUAGCGCCUCUUCAGUGACCCCAUGGAGAGGGAAUGAAAGGAGUUACCUAGUGUCACGCUUUAUUUAGGAAGGAAGGUAAUUCCGUGGCUCACAAAGGGGUCAUUUUGCAUUAUUUUUGCUAAUACUCAGUUGAAGCUAAAAAACCAACUGCGUGAAUCCUGUGAAUUAAUUUAUAAGUGGAAAUGAACAGUUUUGGAAAUGUGUGCAUUUUAUAAAUCAAAGAGGGCAGAUCAGGACUCUGUUAGGGACGGGCGGCAGUGCGCAGAUACAUGACGCGUUCACAGGGUUUCCUUUCAACCGUGAAUUGUUUUUAACUUGACAUGGUAUUUUUUUUCCCAAACCUGGUUCACUUUCUUUGAAUACCUUCUCUGAAUUGUGCAGUGACUGUUCAUGGAAAACAAAUAUGCUGUUUUUGUUCCAGCAACUUGAGACUGCUUGUACACUUUCAACAGAGUUUGUGAGUUUAUAAAGAUUUUGAAUAGA